AUGUGCGGCCGUGGAGAUAGUCACGCCAUGAAGACCAGGCUUCCACUCUGUCACAGAAGUCCGUUGAACUUGCAAUCCGGGCUUUUCUCCACGCAAGUUCGCAAGCAAAUUGCUCCAAUGGUGAAGUUCCACCAGAAUGCUUACUGCCCCGAGUGUGGCAAACACGUCACCCACGGUGAUGUGGAAAAGAUGCGUGAGGCUUGCUUGCGAAUGUGGCGAAAGUUCAUGCGGUUGGACGACUCUCACUGCCCAUUGUUUCGCAUCUGCGAUGUGAAGAUUCGUGAGGCUCCUUUCAGUUUUGGGGGAAACCGGCGCGCCCUUGGGUGCCCCGCUGGGCGAGGGAAAGCCAUGGCCGUUGUGGCGAGCCUGGACGAGUUUGUUGAGAAGGGGCAGCUGGAGUGCCUCAACGAAGACAAGGAGCACCCGGUGCUCAACAUCUUGGACCCAAGUCCGGACACGGCCCUCAGCUCCGACGAGAACGUUGACCAUCAGCUCCUGCUCAAGGUGCAGUUCCGGGUGCCAGUGAAGCUGCAGAGCGUGCGGAUUCUGGGCUCCUCCGAGGACGGCACUGCACCACAGACCGUGAAGCUCUUCCUGGACAAGGUGAACAUGGGCUUCGAAGACGCAGACGAAGAGCCCGUGCAGGAGCUCACGUUAGGUCCUGAGAACGUUGACGGCGGCGAAGCCUGUCAGCUGCGUUUCGUAAAGUUCCAAAAUGUGUCUAGCUUGCAGAUCUUCUUCCAGGAGAAUUUCGGGGCCGCCGUGACCAGGGUGAGCCGCCUGGAGUUCCUGGGCCAGCCAGCCUCCAGCAUGGACAUGAAGGCGAUCAGAUUUGCCGUUCUUGGCAAGAGUCCCUUGCAGUUGGCCAUGGGGUUGAUGGAGCAACAGUUGCAGGACUAUGCGUGGUGGAGAAACGCGUUCAACAAGGAGAAGAAGGUUUGGAACGGCGGGGGCGCUUCCAAGGGCGCUUGCAAGGAAGAGCGAGGCGCCUCUUGCAACGGCUGCCUGGGUUUCGACCUGGCAGACAUCCUGGAGCAGGGCCGAGGCCCUGGGCUCGCUUCCAGCUUCGUGGAGGCACCGGAGCCGGAGGAGAAGGAGCAGCAGCUGAGCGUCCUCUGCGAAGAGAGGCGCUUCAUCUUGAUGAGGGACAACAAGACGCUGCUCGUGGCCGUGCCCGUCGAAGGACUCGGCUUUGACAUCUUCCUCCCGAAGGAGGAGGGCCCGCAGGGCCCACAGGGGCCGCAGGGCCCUGCGGGCGACGGUGCCGCCUUCCUGCUGCGCUGCAGCCCGAAGCUGGAUUCCUGGUUGCUGACGAGCGCCAGGUGUGAACAGUGCGAGGCUCGAGGUAGCCGACAGUGUGGCACCCGAGAGCUUUGCCGAAUGUCGCACUACACCGAGCGUGUUGGCGAAGGGAAUGCAUUCUGCAUGGAUGUUGAGCUUCCUGAGCUUUCCGAGGAUGGCCGGAGCCGUGUAGUCUGUUCUGUGUGCAGUGGCAGGGAGGAGGUCGCAGGCUGCGUGCUCUCCACGCGGCGGCCACGCUGGAACCCGAGGCAGAAGACGCUGACCUUGGACUUCCAGGGCCGCUGCAGCUUGGCCUCCGCCAAGAACUUCCAGCUCGAGGCCGAAAAGGGCGGCUCCGAAACUGCGGGCCCUGGGGUAGUGCUGCUCUUCGGCAAGGUGGAGAAGGAUCGCUUUGUCUUGGACCACUCGCAUCCCCUGGGCACCGUCCAGGCCUUCGCUGCCGCGCUCUCGGCGUCUCAUUGGAAGUAG